CUUCCCACCUGCCGUGCCCCCACCCCGGCUGCCCGACCAUGAUGACCCUGGCCAACGUGGACGCCCUCCCGGAGUAUGAGAAGAGUCAGAUCAAGAGAGCGCUGGAGCUGGGCACGGUGAUGACCGUCUUCAGCUUCCGCAAGUCCACGCCUGAGCGCAGGACCGUCCAGGUGAUCAUGGAGACGCGGCAGGUGGCCUGGAGCAAGACAGCCGACAAGAUCGAGGGCUUUGUGGACAUCAUGGAGAUCAAGGAGAUCCGGCCCGGGAGGAGCUCCAAGGACUUCGAGCGAGCCAAGGCUGUGCGGCAGAGGGAGGACUGCUGCUUCACCAUCUUCUACGGCUCCCAGUUCGUGCUCAGCACCCUGAGCCUGGCAGCGGAUUCCAAGGAGGAUGCUGCCAAGUGGCUCUCUGGCUUGAGGAUCCUGCACCGAGAGGUCCUGAAUGCCUCCACGCCCACAAUUAUCGAGAGUUGGCUGAGGAAGCAGAUUUAUUCCGUGGACCAAACCAGAAGGAACAGGGCUGUGCCCACGCCCCUCCUGCGUCGUCAUCGGGACGAGCUGCUGCGAGGAGCACCCGAAAUAGGCGCGCACAGAGACGAACUCAGCUUCGAACAGUUCCACCUCUUCUAUAAAAAACUCAUGUUUGAGCAGCAGAAAACGAUUCUCGACGAGUUCAAGAAAGACUCCUUCGCCUUUGUCCUGGGGAACACUGACCGGCCAGAUGCCUCGGCCGUCCACCUGCACGACUUCCAGAGGUUUCUCUUACACGAGCAGCAGGAGUCGUGGGCACAGGAUCUCAACAAAGUCCGCGAGCGGAUGACGAAGUUCAUUGACGACACCAUGCGGGAGACGGCCGAGCCCUUCCUGUUUGUCGACGAGUUCCUCACGUACCUGUUCUCGCGAGAAAACAGCAUCUGGGACGAGAAGUAUGAUGUGGUCAACAUGCAGGACAUGAACAACCCCUUGUCUCACUACUGGAUCUCCUCGUCACAUAACACGUACCUCACAGGUGACCAGCUGCGCAGUGAGUCGUCCCCAGAGGCAUACAUCCGGUGCUUGCGCAUGGGCUGCCGCUGCAUCGAGUUGGACUGCUGGGACGGGCCAGACGGGAAGCCCGUCAUUUACCACGGCUGGACGCGGACCACCAAGAUCAAGUUUGACGACGUGGUGCAGGCCAUCAAAGACCACGCCUUUGUCACCUCAAGCUUCCCUGUGAUCCUGUCCAUCGAGCAGCACUGUGGGGUGGAGCAGCAGCGCUACAUGGCCAAGGUCUUCACGGAGGUGCUGGACGGCCUGCUGCUUGUGAAGCCCACGGAGGCCAGCGCUGACCAGCUGCCUUCCCCCAGCCAGCUGCGCGAGAAGAUCAUCAUCAAGCAUAAGAAGCUGGGCCCCCGCGGGGACGUGGACAUCAACAUGGAGGACAAGAAGGACGAGCACAAGCAGCAGGGCGAGCUGUCCAUGUGGGACUCCAUUGACCAGAAGUGGACCCGGCACUACUGUGCCAUUGCCGACGCCAAGCUGUCCUUCAGUGACGACAUUGAACAGGUGGUGGAAGAGGAGCUGCCCCAGGACACGCCCCCCACGGAGCUGCACUUCGGGGAGAAGUGGUUCCACAAGAAGGUGGAGAAGCGCACCAGCGCCGAGAAGCUGCUGCAGGAGUACUGUGCCGAGUCCGGGGCCAAGGAUGGGACCUUCUUGGUGCGCGAGAGCGAGACCUACCCCAACGACUACACCCUCUCCUUCUGGCGGUCAGGCCGGGUCCAGCACUGCCGCAUCCGCUCCACCAUGGAGGGCGGGACCAUGAAGUACUACCUGACGGACAACCUCAUGUUCACCAGCAUCUACGCCCUGGUGCAGCACUACCGCGAGAGCCACCUGCGCUGCGCGGAGUUCGAGCUGCGGCUCACAGACCCAGUGCCCAACCCCAACCCGCAUGAAUCAAAACCGUGGUACUACGAUGGGUUGAGCCGUGGGGAAGCAGAGGACAUGCUGAUGAGGGUCCCCCGGGACGGGGCCUUCCUCGUCCGGAAGCGAGAAGGGGCCGACUCCUAUGCCAUCACCUUCAGGGCCCGGGGGAAGGUGAAGCACUGCCGGGUCACGCGGGACGGCCGGCACUUUGUGCUGGGGACCUCGGCCUACUUCGAGAGCCUGGUGGAGCUGGUCAGCUACUACGAGAAGCACGCGCUGUACCGAAAGAUGAGGCUGCGCUACCCCGUGACACCCGAGCUGCUGGAGCGAUACAACAUGGAAAGAGAUAUAAACUCCCUCUAUGACGUCAGCAGGAUGUACGUGGAUCCCAGCGAGAUUAACCCUUCCACGCCUCAGCGAACUGUGAAAGCCCUGUAUGACUACAGAGCCAAGCGCAGCGAUGAGCUGAGCUUCUGCCGCGGAGCCCUCAUCCACAACGUCUCCAAGGAGCCAGGCGGCUGGUGGAAAGGCGACUACGGGGCCCGGAUCCAGCAGUACUUCCCAUCCAACUACGUUGAGGACAUCUCUACGGUUGACGUUGAGGAGCUAGAAAAGCAGAUCAUUGAAGACAACCCCUUAGGCUCUCUCUGCAGAGGGAUCCUGGACCUCAAUACCUACAACGUCGUGAAGGCCCCCCAGGGGAAGAACCAGAAGUCCUUUGUCUUCAUCCUGGAGCCCAAGAAGCAGGGCGACCCUCCGGUGGAGUUUGCCACGGACCGGGUGGAGGAGCUCUUCGAGUGGUUCCAGAGCAUCCGGGAGAUCACCUGGAAGAUGGACACCAAGGAGAACAACAUGAAGUACUGGGAGAAGAACCAGUCCAUCGCCAUCGAGCUGUCCGACCUUGUCGUCUACUGCAAACCCACCAGUAAAACUAAGGACAAUUUAGAGAACCCUGACUUCAGAGAAAUCCGCUCCUUCGUGGAGACCAAGGCGGACAGCAUCGUCCGGCAGAAGCCCAUGGAGCUCCUCAAGUACAACCAGAAGGGGCUGACCCGCAUCUACCCCAAGGGCCAGAGGGUGGACUCCUCCAACUACGACCCCUUCCGCCUCUGGCUGUGUGGCUCUCAGAUGGUGGCGCUCAACUUCCAGACGGCAGACAAGUACAUGCAGAUGAACCACGCCCUCGUCCUGGGUGCCCGGCACCUCCCCAAGCUCGGCCGGAGCAUCGCCUGCCCCUUCGUGGAGGUAGAGAUCUGCGGAGCGGAGUACGACAACAACAAGUUCAAGACGACCGUUGUGAAUGACAACGGCUUAAAUCCCGUGUGGGCCCCGACCCAGGAGAAGGUAACCUUCGAGAUCUAUGACCCCAACCUCGCCUUCCUGCGCUUUGUGGUGUACGAGGAAGACAUGUUCAGCGACCCCAACUUCCUGGCUCACGCAACGUACCCCAUUAAAGGCAUCCGGUCAGGCUUCAGGUCGGUUCCUCUCAAGAAUGGGCACAGCGAAGAUGUGGAGCUGGCGUCCCUGCUGGUGUGCUGUGAGAUGCGGCCGGUCCUGGAGAGCGAGGAGGAGCUGUACUCCUCCUGCCGGCAGCUGCGGAGGCGGCAAGAGGAGCUCAACAACCAGCUCUUCCUGUACGACACCCAGCAGAACCUGCGGAACGCGCCCCGGGAUGCGCUGGUGAAGGAAUUCAACACCAACGAGAACCAGCUGCAGCUGUACCAGGAGACGUGCAACCGGAGGCUUCGUGAGAAGAGGGUCAGCAACAGCAAGUUCUACUCCUAGAGGCCUGGCCGCCCCGCGCGGCUCGGACUGUUCACAGACGCUGGCCUGGGACAUCAUCCUGCCACGGAGAGGCCAUGGCCAGAGGCAACCCAGCUGGCACCUGCUCCUGUGCGCGUCUCAGACAACUUUCCUAACUUAUAUGUUCCAUGGAUGCCCUAAGAGAGAGGUCCCCCCAAAUGCUCUGAAUAAAAGCCCUGGAAGCCUCCC